AUGCUUGGUCGCUUGCAGAUGGACGUUACACAGGCCAUGAAGAACUACAACGACGUCGGCAGCACGGUAUUCCAGAAAGGCCGGACUUACACACGAUUUGGUGUGAUUCGACCUCGCUUCAGCUCGAAGUUGAUGGACGCGGCGCUUCAGCGGGCCACUCAGCAGGAUGUCGUUCAGCGGAUCCAACCCCGGGAGACCAACAAUGAAAUCGAGGAUACAGAUGUCAAGGCUCGAGCGGACAAAGUGCUCAUGAGGACCGAGAGCUCCGACGUAGCGCGCACUGUCGUCGUGGCCCACGGUGGGUUCAAAGUCAAGAAGGAAUUUCUGUUCCGUAGCUACGACCACGCACCCCCAGAGACCAGAUCUGGUCGGAACGAUAGAGCAAGCCGACACAGCAAUCCUGGACCAGCAUCUAAUGCACCACUUUGGGUAGCGGGUCGCGCGACCAGUGCUGCACCAGGCUACUUCUCAGAGAUCAAAUACGGCGGUGAUGUGUACGAAGACGGCGCAAUGGCAAAGUGGAACAAUCCCGUCGAACUUGCCCUGAAGGAGGUCGAACAGAUGCACUGGCGGCAUCAGCCCAAACUCAUUAUUUCGAUUGGUACAGGUCAGAAGUCCGACCGCGGACACACCACAGGGCUGUUCCACAGAGUCAUCCCGCACGAGAUUUCCAACCUCUCUGCCGCUGUCAAGACUCUCAAGAAGAAUCAACUGAACUCCCACGUGCAGCACCAGGAAUUUGAGUCUCGCCUAGAGCAGAGAAACGGCGACCUCGAGAUUCGGUAUAUUCGAUUCGACGCACCGCUGGGGCUCGAUCACGAGCUCGGCAACAUCAAGUUGGGUGAGUGGAGAGGAUCAGAUGGCUCCGAGACCAAGCAUCGCAUGGAGAACAUCAUCGAUCAAUAUCUUGAACUCGACCACGAAGCAGCAGAAAGCCUUAGGGAGUGUGCAAAGACACUUGUCGACACUCGGACCAAGCGAGCAAGGACCGAACGCUGGGAACGCAAGGCUUUGCAUCUGAUAUACUGCUGCAGCGAGAAAAUCCUGGGUACAGACCGACCUUGCCGGGCACCACCUUUCAAGUCUCGCGGCGAGCUACGGCGCCAUGCCGUGUCGGAUCAUGGCUUUGCUUGGAAGGUGCCGUGUAAAUGGCCCAACAAUACGCACGCGGCGCAGUGGACGUGCUUUUCGGAUCAUUGUGGAGAAUUGAAAGUCUCCGGGUUCGACAGCCAAGAGGAGUUCGAGGGUCAUCUUCGAGAGGUUCAUCAACAUGCGCGACCGAAAGUGAUGACCAUCGAUGCUGUUGAGAGCUGGCUGAGUGCUUGUCGUUCGCUAAAAGAGCCCGCGAGGGCAAAGACUACUACUGGAUUGAACGGUCGAUGA